GUGAUGACUGGUUGUUUCAGUAUGAUGUGAUGUAUGGAGGAGAGCUAUAAAAGCUUCUGAGCAGGAGUUCUCCCAGCAGGACCAGGAGCUACCCGAAGAACAAGGCUUUCCUAACAGAUCUCGACAAUCUUAACUUCUCCUGCACUCUUACAGGUUCAGAGUCUGGUGUCCAACAGUCAGAAUGAAGACGGCUGCUCUCCUCUCUGCAACCCUGCUGCUGCUGCUGCUGCUUCCUGGAGUUCCAGCUACAAGCUCUGAUCAAACUCCCAUUAGUGUCCUGGUUACAAACUCUGUAAGUCACUCUCUCAAUAAGACCUACAGCACGUACGUGGUUUACAGAGGAAUCUUACUGGGUGGACUGAAGAGACUGCAGAGCUCCAACACAGGCUUUAAGUUCACCUACACAGAGGAUCCAAACUAUGGCCCGUACCUGCAGAGUGUGAACGGCCUGGCUGGAAGCACUGCGAAACGUACCUACUGGGAGCUGCUGGUCAAGACAACCAACAACACAAUCAUAAGACCUGAUGUUGGUAUUGGAUGUUACAUUCCGAGUGCAAAUCAGCAAAUCAUCCUGAAGUAUAACAAGUACUAAAGGAUCAGGAUGGACAUCAAUAUGGGAUCAAAGCCAGAGUCGGAUUCAAUUGUAUGAUUAUGGAUUACAUAGAUUAUCAAUCACCUAAGAUUCAUUUGUGAUUAUUGUUCAGUGAGAAAUAACAGCUUAAUACAUGCUCCCUAAUGUAAACAGUGUGCUAAAUGCACAUACAGUAAGGCAACAGACUCUGUACUGACAGUACUGACAAGGAAAGAGUUGACAAUACUUUGCUUUGAAUUUUUGAUUAUGUCAUUGGAAUCCACCUUCACCUGAAAUGUCCAGCUUGGCAACCAGAUACUUCUUCAUGAAGACGUCUUCUCAUUACUGAGGCUGUGGGAUUACAUACUAUUGUUAUACACUUGAAAAUGCUUUGUGUGAAUCUUUCUGAAUUAAAAAUUUAAAUCUCCUUUACAGCAAA